AUGACUUCUUCAGACACCGCGGAGGAAGACUGGCUAGAUAAGAGCGUGCAAGACAAAACGAGUCGAUUUUAUCCCUUCGUCGAUCUCACUGAUUCGGCUGAAAUGAAAAAGAUAGAGAAUGAAAUUGUUGGUCAAAAUGAAACCGAAGCGCAAGAAUAUGAUGAAUGGACACUAGUGUCUCUUGAACAAAAAAAAGUUCAAGCGAUAAUACAUGCGAGUACAUCGCACAGCGUAUAA